GGUCAGCCAUUGUCGUGAGAUGUGAAGAUUUUUCUCAACGUUAUAUAUUCGCUGCAGUAGUAAAACAAUCGUUGUAUAUCAGAUUUAAACCGUUCACGCUGAAAUGCACACGAUUCCGGAAUUAGGCACCAGCGUGCCGGCCUUCCUUGCCAAACUUUGGAAGCUGGUUGAGGAUCCCGAAACUGACGACCUUAUUUGUUGGGCACCUAAUGGAAGAAGUUUUUUCAUUAGGAAUCAGGCACAAUUCGCCAGAGAAUUGUUGCCACAUUAUUAUAAACACAAUAAUAUGGCCAGCUUUGUUCGUCAGUUGAAUAUGUAUGGUUUCCACAAAAAGGUUUCGGUUGAAUUGGGUGGUUUAAAGUGUGACAGGGAUGAAAUGGAGUUUGCACAUCAGUUCUUUUGCAAAGGGCAUCCAUAUCUUGUAGAACACAUUAAAAGAAAAAUUGCAUCCAGCAAAGGACAAGAUCCGACGCUCGCGCCUAUGAAACCCGAAUUAAUGAAUAAAAUGCUAACAGAAGUGAGAAGUAUGAGAGGCCGUCAAGAACAUUUAGAUUCGCGGCUCGGAGCUAUGAAAAGAGAGAAUGAAGCAUUAUGGAGGGAACUUGCUAUGCUUAGGCAAAAACACACGAAGCAACAACAGAUUGUUAACAAACUAAUACAUUUUUUGGUCACUUUUCUGCAACCUUCAAGAGGUAGCGGACUCUCUGUUAAGAGAAGGUACCCAUUGAUGAUCGACGACUCUAAUCGUCAACGUAGCAAACAAUCUAAAUUAUCAAAGUCUCAGGCGUCGCCUACAGGGCCUGUAAUUCAUGAACUCGACGCAUCUGAACCAGACUUAGAUUCAGAAUAUAUUGUUGCAGAAAUGCUAGAAGGACAUCCAAGUCCAUCUAUUCAAAGUCCAGAACAUAACAAUGCAUCAGUAAUAGACGAUAACAAUAUGGAAACUGUUCAUUUAAUUCACGAUCCAGUCCAGUUACAAGAUGAAAUACAACUGAUCAACCCACAGGAAAUUGAUACAAGAAAAAAACGCGGCUGUAAGGGUAAAAAAAAGAGGAAAAACAAGGUGCCUGUCAAAAUUUUGAUCCCAUCGACGAAGAAUGGAGAACAACCGAGGGAAGAAACACAUUUAUUUGAAAUUCCGCUUGAAGAAUCACCGGUCGAGGCUAUCACUUUAUUGGAAAAUAAAAAAAUUCCAACGCCUGUACCUGUGGCGUCUGUGCGUAGCUCAAAACUUGCAGCCAUGGCAGCCAAUAUGAACAAAGCAACAUAUGCAGAGCAAGAGCUCAAUUUGGGAAAUUCUGUGGACUUGGAAGAAGAUACUCAAGAGAGCAAUUUAAACCUGGUGAAACUGGAGAACAUUUUAAUAGGGACAGAUAUUGAUGGAGAGAAUGUCAAGGACAAUGAGAACAUAGAGUAUAAUGAGACUAACAGCAACUCUGAAUCUGACAUGAACGAUAACACUUUCAAUAAAAUUAACAAAGCUUAUAGCAAUGCCACAAAGGAUAAUCAAAGAAUUCCAAAUGCAAACGGAAAAAAGAAAAUCUUGGAGCAAGAAAGAUCCAAUGACAGCGGAGCAGACUCUAGCCUAGAUUUAUCUUUGAGUUGCUUGAAUUCCUCUGACAUGUCUGAUGCUACUUACAGGUUAGGAUCAAUGGAGGAAAUGGAUAAUCAUCUCGAAUUGAUGCAGACAGAUUUGGACAAUCUCCGUGAAAUUCUACGCGGCGAGGGUUACAGUAUCGAUGCAAACACGCUCCUGGGAUUAAUUGAAGCGUUAUUUGGAGCAGAUGAUCCAAUGUCAUUCGGUAUGCCUGUUAAUCCAGAAUUAAAUCCACAUUCUGACAAAGAAGACAAUGAUGACGCUAAUGCAGCAGAAAACAUUAACGGAAGUGGUGGAGAACUUAUGGCAUACAAUCCGACACAAAACUUGCUAGAUUUCGAUGAUGACAUGAUGUUCUUAGAUGCUACAUCGCCUGUAACCAAUACAUCAGGUGAUGUAACUGCAAACAAUUUGUAUACAUCGGAUCCUUUAGAUUUGGAGGAUAACAAAGCUUCGCUCCUCGAGUCCUUAAGAAACGAUGUAAACACUCCAUAAAGUCUCAUUCCUUUGCCUUGGAAGAAAGACUGCUGGAUUUUUAAUUGCCUCGUUGGUAAUACCUUCGUUUUAAUUAUCAGUAUGAUGCUCUGAACCCUGUGACAAAUAUGUAAUAUGCAGAGAGAAAAGUAAGAGUUAAGAUACGCACAGAGGUUUUACUUAAAAAUUCCUUGAAGGAGAAAGUACAGCAUAAAAAAAAAACCAAACGUGUACCCUAGAUUGGAAGAAACAUUUAUUUUCACGCUGAUUAAACUACGUAAUAAACAUAUUAUAAUCUCUUUGUAAAAAUAGUGUUGCGAAAACGUAUCAAGGGGAUAAAUUCCUGUUUUCACUGAUUUGUAUAUAUUUAUGCAGAAGAUUAUCAAUCACAUCGAUAAAGAAUUCUGCAGGAUGUUUAGUAAAAAAUGUCCACCGACGGAACAGUAACAUUUUUUUACAUAAUGUGUGUAGAGCACAGUAUUAAGAAGUGAAUAUUACAUGGUGCGACGUCUAUGAACGUACAUAAAUAUAUGUAUGUAAUGAAUCUAUACAUAUAUAUAUAUAUAUACACACAUACAGAACAGUGUAUUGAAAGUAUAAAAUUUAUUUAACAUGUCAUUAUACUUUUCUUAUCUAUUGUUUCACUGUGGUAUAAGGUUAAUUCAACAAAAGUGAUAGUACAAGAUAAGAUUUCAGUGUCCUCAUUCAAACACUAUCACUACUUUAUUGUUGUGUGUAAGAUUCUGUUGCUUUUAAUUGGUGAUGAUCUUUCGUAUCUGAUCCUUUAUAAACGAUAUUUAGUUAAUUUUUUAAUGCAUUGAAAACUUCGUGUGAAGUUAAUGUUACUGCAUACUUAUAAUGGAUUACGUUAAUAACUCCAGAACGUUAUUAUUAAAUAGUCAUUGUAGUAAUGUAAAAUCGAGAUUUAAGCGAGUUAAAUUAAAAUGAAAAAAAAAAUGAUAAAAAAGAGAGAGAGAAGUGAUACAAAUGUAACCAUAUGAGUUUUUGAUGGCUACUAUAGAGGAUUAAUAUUAAUCUACUAAUACUGGUAGAACUAAUUAUUUAGUAGGAUAUUUUGGCUAUCAAAAUAUUUAAUUGUAUUUUAUAGUAGAGUAUUUCGACUAUCAAAAUAUUUAAUUCUAUAUUUAGUUUGUAAGUAAUUUCAGUUAUCAAAGAAAUAAAAGCUUAACAUUCUUUCCUAUUCGUUGUAAGAUACAAAUCUUCUAUAUUCGUUCAGUUAACUAUUUUUGGGCAAUAUAUAGUAAAGAUAUUGCUUAUGAUCUUUCAUUUAACACUGAAAUCUUGGUCUUGAACCUUUAACAGAUAAAUUGACAGUUUAAGUUUGUGUACACCCGAAGAUAAUAUAAUCCAUAAAUGGUACAUUGUAUCUUUAUUACGUUAACAUGUUACUUUAAUUUAGCUAUAAGUAGAUUUUUUAUAUUCAUUUGCCAAGAUAAAGUUUGUACUAUAUUAUUAAUUCAUAGAGAAACUUAACAUAUGUUUAUGUAAUUCCAUAUACAGUGAAAUCUCAAUCAUACAUAUCUUAUGUAUUUUACUAUUUUCCAUUUUGAAAUUGAUUUCAAACACAUUUUAUAGUUUUGUAGAUUUAAUCCAGAGUUAAAUUACUUAUGUAUGUGUUAGCAUAUCUUAUUGUUUAACUAUUAAGCGUCUAUCAUUAAAUUUAUAAUACACGAUAUAAUGAUUUCAAAAACCCUUCUUUUUCUUUUUCUAAAUGUUAUAAAAAAAAGUUUGUUAUCGAUUUUCUAUGAACUUUUUAUUGUACCGAUAAAAAAGUACGAUCUGAUACGGGAAAUUAAAAGCCGCGAAGUUCUCGAAUAUUAAAACUGUUUUCAGUUCAGAAUUUCUGGAGAACCUUAUGGAACUUCGACUUAAUUUGACUGUUCCUAGAAUGUUAUUUUUUAUUUAUUCAUGAGGGUUCAAACUACAAAUUAUAUUGAAAUAAAAUAAAAAUGUUUAUCUUGUACAAAAAUAUAGUCGAUACCACAUUGUUUGUACGUAUGAAAUUUUGUGAUACAUUAAAAGUUUUGUAAAAAAAGAUAGAAUUGAACGGAUAAUAUCCGAACGACCAUUUCACAUUUACCUGAUUAUGAUUGCAUAUUUUGCUACUGAUUAUAAAUUACCAGUCCUAAUACAAUUAAACAGUUUAAUCAAAGACUAAGACGUAUCCAAACAUCGCGAAAAAAAAAGGAAUACCGAAAAAAAAUUGGCACUCCUACUUAUUUUAUUGUAUCACGAAUGAAAAUUAUAAUCAUAUUUUCGAAACCGCAAUCUUCA